CCCAGAUUUCUCUCUUAAAAAUUCUCCCUCCCAUGUGUUCUCAAGAGGGAAGGAAGAAAAGAGGAUACAUGAGUGUUUAUUUAAACACUUGAUCUAUUUCAGGCAUUUUGCAUAUGUUACUUAAUCAUAUGAGGUAGAUAUUGCCCCAUUUUACUUGUAAAGAUAAGAUUCUGAGAGUUUGAGCAGUCUGAAUAAGGUCACUUUACUAAGUGGUGGUGCUGGGAUUUGAAAGUAGACAGUCUGACUUCAGAGAACAACUUUCCAUCCUACCACAUUUGGUCUCCUAUUAAUUUACUAGUGUAAAUUCACUCCUGGCAUGGUGUUUUGCAUAUAGGAGCCUUUAAGUGUGACAUCGAAAUAUCUUGCUUCCUCAUUGUGUUUCUCCAGUACCUGUGACAGGAUUCUCCCUGUCUUAAUCAUACAAGAAUUGAGUAAGUGGGGGCUAGAGCUUCUGCCUCCCAGAUCAGCCGGCUCUGGUUCCACUCAGGUCUAUUGACUCACCAGCUGUCAGGACCUGUACUUUCUACGGGUGAACGGUCAGGGCUCGCUGGUGUGAAUCAGUGAGAUUUAGGGUUAGGGUUAGGGUUACAUACCUGAAAGAAUCAGGUAUGGCUGCUUCCUGUAGUGUGGGUUUCCUGAAUAUAGUUAAGUGAAGGCUGCCAGCCUGACAAAUCUGCCAGGGAUCUUAUAGUAGUUUCCACCACCCUAGGAAGGCUGUUGCACUAUAUUGACAAAAUUUUAGAAUGUUAAAGCUGAAAAGGGAUUAAGAAAUCACCUAAUCUAGUGGUUUCCAAACACUUUUAGUUGUGGAUCCCUUUGUUUAAAAGUGGCUCUUUCUAGAAAUAUAUUUAAGCCGAGGUAAAGAAAAACCUGUAGUGAUACCUCCCCAAAUCAUCUCCUUGUAAACCCCUAACACUGAGGAGCCCAGUUUGAAAAACAUAGUCUAACAGAUGAGGAACCUUAAGUUCAAGUCUAGCGAUGACCAAGGUUGUAGAGCCCACUAAGUUACAAAACCAGUACCAAGACCUUCUGAGGUUCUGGAAUCCCGUGCUUUCCAUGAAGGAGUCCUCUUUACACAGCGUUUCUAAAGGCUACUGUGGACAAAGACUGAACUAGGUGCUACGAGGAUGCCAAAUACGAACAAGACCCAUUUUCACCCAUUCAGGAGCUCACAAGGCUAGUGAAGACCCAGGGACACUGAAAAAAUAACACGCACUUAACUAUGGCUUAUAGUUUCCAAGUUGAUUUCCGAGACUGAGAAGGGCGUCAGCACCUUGGCCAGUUCCGGGGUGCGGGAGCAGUGAGGGUCUGUUCAGGUUGAAAAGUCCGGGCUUCGGGGAGAGAAGGGGCAUGAAGACGCUAGAGGUCGGCCCCAGCUGGGGACUAUGGCAGGCGGGGCACCGAGACCCGGCGCGGUCCACUUGGGAAAGGGGUUGCUCACGGACGGACGGCUGAGUGGUUCUCCACAAGUUAUUUCGCUCAGUCCACUCCCACUCCAGCCUCGGCUGCCCGCGGGGUGGAAAUCCUCGGGGGCAGCCAGGCGGAAGGGGCGGGGCUUGCGGCGGAAGUCCUUCCCGGGUCGGGUCACGUGGGAGGGGCAGGACGCAAACGCAGGAAUCAUGGCACUCUGGCGGGCAUACCAGCGAGCCCUGACCGUUCACCCGUGGAAGGUACAGGUCCUGACAGCUGGGUCCCUGAUGGGCCUGGGUGACACUAUCUCACAGCAGCUGGUGGAGAAGCGAGGUCUGCGGGGACACCAGGCUGGCCGGACCCUGAUCAUGGUCUCCCUGGGCUGUGGCUUUGUGGGCCCUGUAGUAGGAGGCUGGUACAGGGUUUUGGACCGCCUCUUCCCCGGCACCACCAAGGUAGAUGCACUAAAGAAGAUGCUGUUGGAUCAGGGGGGCUUUGCGCCAUGUUUUCUGGGCUGUUUCCUCCCACUGGUAGGAGCACUCAAUGGCCUGUCAGUCCAAGACAACUGGGCCAAGCUACGGCGGGACUAUCCUGACGCCCUUGUCACCAACUACUACCUCUGGCCUGCUGUGCAGUUAGCCAACUUCUACCUGGUCCCCCUUCAUUACAGGUUGGCUGUUGUCCAGUGUGUCGCGGUCAUCUGGAACUCCUACCUGUCGUGGAAGGCCCACUGGCUCUAGGCCGGCCUCACCCCGGUGCCUGCGCGGGCGGCGCUGCAGCUUGACCCCAGCGCGGUCCCACGGCCUCCCUGAGUGGGCACGUCGCUUUUCCUGGGGUUCCGUGGCCACUCAGAACUUAGUGGGCGGAGCGCCUGACUCCUUUUGAAAUCAUUACAACCUUUAUAAUGGUCUCAUCCCACCACAUGGCAGGCGCUCCAUAAGUACGUACGGCCUCGUCCACUGCAGCUCACACCCGUAUCCCCCACUCUUCACAGCUACAUCUGCUCUCUAACCUUCCCAGCCCAGCUGGAGCUCCGGCUCUUUGGGGGCCCCAAACCCUUAUAUGGGGCCUCCGCAGAUCUGUUACGUAUGUAUGUAGUCUGAAACCUGCAGAGCUGAUGUGGAGGGCCCAGCAGAAACCUGUGGGGCAGUCAGAAUUUCUAGAGCCGGAAAGAAGUCUAGAGACAACCAGUCCUGAUCUUCUCCUGCAGAUGAGCACACUGAAGUCCACACAAGUGAGGUGACCUGUCCACACCACUGACCAGUGGCAGAGUGGAAACUGGAACUCAUGUGCUAUAGAUGAAUGUUGGCGUCCCUGCCAGAAUUCAUCUGUUGAAAACCUAAUGCCCACGGUGAUGGCAUUAGGCGGUGGGGGCCUUUGGAGAUGAUUAGGUCAUGAGGGAUUCGUGCCCUUUUAAAACAGCCCCAGACAGAUCCCUCACCCCUCCCACCAUGUGGGGACACAAGGAGAAGGUGCUCUCUAUGAAAGUUAGGGAGCGGCUUCUCACCCGAUACCACAUCUACCAGCGCCAUGGGCUUGGACCUCCUGGCUUCUAGAACUGUGAGAAAUAAAUGUUUGCUGUUUAUAAGA